AUGCCGUUGCCAGCACUGUCCGUCGUUUUUCCGAGAGAGCUGGCGCAGGGGGAAGCUCCGGUUCUUGGGCGCAGUUGUGUUGACUUUGGCAGGGAGGCUAGCGUUGCGCUGAGACUCGAAUCCAGAUGGGGCGCUCCAUCCUCGGAAGAGCCACAAGUGCUGCUCAAUGUGCAGGGAGAUGGGGCCAUGCGCGGAGGCGGCUCUGAAGCACACAUGCAACAAUCUGGGACUGCGACGGCGCCGUUUUCCAGGCUGGCUCGUGGUGACAUCUGUGCGGGAUCGGCAUUGGAAAUUCUAGGUUCGGCUCCAGCUCUGGGCCGAACAGCUGAUGCAAGGGGAUCGGAAUAA